AUGAGCCAGGCUCGGAAAAAGGGCUCUUGUAGCCACCACUGUGAAGAAAGCCAGAACCGUGUAGAUGACUGGUCCUAUUGUAAAACCAAAACUUGGCCUGACCAUUGUUUGAAAGAGGUCAGGGUUCUGGCUCGAAAGGGUGUGACCAACAGAGGCAAGCAAAAGAGACAAGAACACAAGGAAGGAUCGAUUAAUAAUGAAUAUGAGAAAAGAGCCAGGCUAGAUUGUUCUGCAAUACAGGGCACAACUAUGAAGGUUGUGUCCGAAAAAGGCAAGAAAAAAGGAAGAACUGAGCCGAAAAGAAAGCUUUAUCCAUUACGAGGGAGGAGUAGCUCAUCAAAAGAUGAGGACUUGAGUUGCAGUGUUUUACUGGCCAGAUUGGAGAAGGAUGCUUUGGAACAGGACAGUAACUUGCAGGAGGAGGAUGGAAAUACAAAUCUAAGAAAACAUUGGCACAAGAAGAGCUUUAAACCCAACCAAAAGCUAAAAAAAGCCAAGGAUUCAUUACAUACAAAAUUCAAAUCUGAAGCAACUAUUAAUAAAACUUUAUCUCAGGAGCCUCGUAAACGUCGACUUGCUUCUCUCAAUGCCGAGGCUGUUAACAGCCUGCUACUGGAAAAAAAGGAUGCAACACCAGGCAGCAAACUUGCUAAAAAACAGCUGCACGAGGCAGCACCUGUUCCUACUGCACCAAUUAAUAAAAAAAAUGCUUCUGUUUUAAAAAAUGCUGCUGAAGCCGACAAGACAGAAAUGUGCCAAGGCCAGAAGCAUACUAUAAAAAGCAAACUGGAUGUAAAAGACGUUAAUGAGAUGAGUCUGUUUAUUCCCACACCUAGGCGCCUUGCUGGACUCAAUGCGGCUGCUCUGCUAAAGCUGACAAGCUCCACUACAGAAAAAAAGCUGCGAUCCAAGGUGGACAGAAAAGGUGUUGGCGUGGUAGGAAAGCAAGCAGCAUGUAGUAGAUCCAAAGUGCAACGGCCUAAAAAGCAGAGACUCAAACAGGCUUUAACUCGGGGUGGUGCUGCAGAGCGUAAGAGCAGAGAAAGUGAAUCCAAACUAAGGAUGGAAAGAGGUACUCAUGGCCUAACUCAUGGUACUCAUGGCCUAAACAAAACAGGGUACCAGUCGUGCAGUGUGAUGGGAUACCCCCUCAAGGUUGUGAAAGAUGAGCCGGUGGAGACAGAGAUUAGUCCUUGCUUUUGCUGUGCUGCUGAGGGUCCAGUAGAAUAUUGCCACAGGGUGGCACUCUUACUGAGGAGGAAGGCUUAUAGUGAGACAGACGAUCAUUCUGUGGCCUCAGUAAAGCAUGAAUGCCUGGUUGCUUCAUCUUCAGUCGCUCAUCCAGCCCUCACGCUUAGUGCCCACCCAUGUCUGUGUGCAGACCCCUGCUACUCUGGUUAUUAUGUUCACAUUGCACAUCAUGGGCCUCAUUCUGCUAGCCUAAGUACGAAGCCACUACCUUGUCCACACAGCGCAGUGUGUCCCAGUAGGGUCCCUGGGGCAAAUCUGCUGUCCUCCCAUGCCUCAGGACUCUCACACCCUGCCUUUUGUCAUACGGUUUGUUCGCCUUGCUACAGUGAGGGCUGCAGGGUUGGCAGCUACGCCUUCGCUGACAGAGCUUGCACCUAUAACACAGGUUGCACCAACUGCAGCCAUCAAAUCAAAACAGAAGGCUACAUGUCACCCCAAUCAGAUCAAAGUUCCUCACUGCUUGUGCCACCAUCCCUGCCCCUUCCUGGGUGCCCAUUACCCAGGCUAAACCAAUCCACAGUUCUGCCACAUCUUCUAUCCACUGUUAUAGAAAAGAAAGACAAAGAGGUCAAGCUUCAAGGAGCUAAGAAAUGCCCUCAAAGCAGCAAACCUACCAAUAGCUCCAUCGGUGUGAGUACCAAAAAACUGUCUCAGAAACGAUCUGUUCCCAGCCAAGAAAGUGCCAAACAGCAAAAAAAAGUGAAUCGUUCACACACCACAAAUGGCUGGCGCCGAUUUGGAGAACCCACAGAGAAAGAAGUCUAUAUUGCGGGUGAAGUUGAGACUGCAUUGCGACAGUGUUAUGAAGGAGUACAGCGAGAUGGAGAAGUGAUUCGAGUUAGAGAUACAGUGCUGCUACGCUCUGGACCACGAAAAAAAACCUUACCUUAUGUGGCCAAAAUAUCAGCUUUGUGGGAUGACCCUAAAACAGGAGAGCUGAUGAUGAGUCUGUUCUGGUAUUAUCGACCUGAACACACACAGGGAGGCAGAGAUCCCAGCAUGCACUGUGAGAAUGAGAUAUUCGCUUCUCGACAUCAAGAUGAAAACAGUGUGGCCUGUAUUGAGGACAAAUGUUAUGUUUUACCUUUAGCAGAGUACUGUAGAUUUUGUGCCUUGGUAAAGCGCCGCUCAGAGGGUUUGCCCAACGGUACACCCAUGGUGCCCCAACCCUCUGACAGUGCCAUCCCCUCUUACCGACUUGUGCCCGAAGAUGUUGAUCCUGAACUGGUUUAUGUAUGCCGCCAUGUCUACGACUUCCGCUCUGGCCGAAUACUGAAGAACCCACAGUAAAGCAGCCAACAUACACCUGCAUCUCACUUCUGAUGGAAAGCCUCUUUACUGGAAGAUUCAUGUGCAACCUACUGUCGUCUUUAGUUCUGAGCGUCAUCAUUUAUUAUUAAAAACACAAACCAUUUAUUUUUUGUAAUUUUAAAGAAUGGUGGUCUGCAACUGAAGAAUCAAUCCACAAUACUUAAAAAAUAGUGGUUCUGGAGCAAGAUUAUAGGUAAACAGUUUUCUUUUUUCAGCAGUGCAGUUUUUUAUCUGAGAUAGAAGAGGAAAUUUAGAAAUAAAAUGUUUUAGUUUUAGUGAUUUGUCUUGUACACUGGACAGUGAUACUGGCAGAGACAUUAGGCAAAGCUGCCCCUUUAUAUUCUAAAAAAAUCAUAAUGUGACAUAUCUAGACUAUAUCUGGAAUUAAUUUAGAACUUGAGUUGAGUAGGCUUUGGCUUUAACAUAAGAAAGUAAACAGAUGUGUUCAUAUGUGAUGGGUUUUUUGUCUGGCUAGAUGUAGAAGUAUUCUUUCUUUAAAGGGCCUGUAACUGACCAUCAAUCCACAGAUGAAAUGACAGUGAGACUAGAUGCUCUUUGUUUUUCUUAAUAUCUUACUUUUACAUUUGCAGGUAGCUUCAUACACAGCUAGUCUGACUCAGUUCCGUAUAAUGAAAAACCAAAGGUCAGUGCAGUGCUAAUUUUUACUAUGUACACCACUAAUAUCUGCGUGCACCCUCUAAUAUAUUUAAUUAAAGAAGAUAAUGGAUGUU